AAAGUUGACCCAUACCAAAAUUCCAUCUUCAAUCUCGAAUCGAUAACCCUAAUUUGACGAAGCCGUUUCCGGUGCUUUUGGCUCCUCUCACUAGUCGUAGUUUCUUCAGGUAUGUCGCGUGUGUACGUUGGUAAUUUGGAUCCGCGAGUUACUGAGCGUGAACUCGAGGAUGAGUUUCGUGUCUAUGGUGUGAUCAGGAGUGUUUGGGUUGCUAGAAGACCACCAGGUUACGCUUUUCUUGAUUUUGAAGAUUCAAGAGAUGCCAGAGACGCUAUCCGUGAAUUAGAUGGCAAGAAUGGAUGGAGGGUAGAGCAGUCUCAUAACCGUGGUGGCGGUGGUGGUCGUGGAGGCGGCGGUGGUGGUCGUGGAGGAGGUGAUGGUGGUCGUGGUCGUGGUGGUUCUGAUUUGAAGUGUUAUGAGUGUGGUGAGUCUGGUCACUUUGCACGUGAAUGCCGCUCUCGUGGUGGUUCGGGUAGGCGUCGUAGCCGCAGCCGUAGUCGUAGUCCUCCUAGAUACAGAAAGAGCCCUACCUAUGGAGGACGGAGGAGUUACAGCCCUCGUGCUAGAUCUCCCCCUCCUCCAAGGCGUCGUAGUCCUUCUCCUCGUGGUCGUAACUACAGUAGGUCACCACCACCUUAUAGAGCACGUGACGAGGUGCCAUACGCUAAUGGAAAUGGUCUGAAAGAUGUGCGCAGAAGCCGGAGCUGAGUGUUUCUUGCCUAGAUAGCAAGUUAUGGGAUCAGGAGAAUACUGUUUGCUUGUGAGGUCAAGAGGACAGGGAAAUUUGUAUCUGUGAAUUUCACUAAGAGAACAUGUUUUAGCUGUGUGGUGGAUUGGAUAUGCUUGCUACUUUUGAAUUCCUGGGAUGCAUCUUAUUGCGUUUGGAUUAUGAAGCCGUAGUUGUAUCUGCCGUUAGGUAAAGUACUUUUAAAUAUCUACCCAAGUUCUUAAAAGACAUAAACAAAAACUCUGCUAAAAACCUAUGCAUUUUCUUUGUUUUUCCUUGUUUUUGGUUCUAUCGUCUCGAGGUUUCUUCGGGUUUCUACUGCUUCAUUGCUUAUCUGCUUUUGGCUUCUUGGCUAAUUUGGUCGGCCUUCUAUGGAUCUUCAUAGUAGUUUACCAACUACUUCUGCUUCAUUGCUUAACUACUUCUCGCUUAUUGGUUAUUUUGAUCCGCCUGCUUUGGGAUCUUCAUAAUAGUUUACCACUUGUUCUGCUUCAUUGCUUCUGGCUUCUUGGUUAUUUUGAUCGGCCUGCUUUUGGAUCUUCAUAAUAGUUCACCACUACUCUGCUUCUGCUUCUCAUCUAGAUGCUCUCAUGUUUGAAAACUUCAUCAGCUCUGAUGUUGUUGCUUCCAAAAACCUCUCUGGUCUUUCUUUUCUUGAACUUAGAAUGGCCGAGGAGCUCCACUCGCUACUCUGGCAGGUACUUAUUACCUUUCAGGCUUGGAAGAAACUUGUCUUACGGUGUAACAUGUGAUAAUAGUUUAGACUUUAGAGUAUGUAGAAUGUCUCUACUUGGUUUGAGAUGGGCACUUAUGUUCUCCUUUUUAGUCCAAGUCUUGCUAUGUACUAUCUGCAGAUAAACGCUUUAUUGCCAUUCGCAAUAGUCAUUGCUUUGGUUUCAUCACGUUUGGAUUAAUCUUUAAACGAGAGAUUUUUCUGC